CUCUCUCUCUCUCUUUCUCUCUCCGAAUAGUAGGGAACACUUAUGCGUUGUUUAUUAGAUAUUCAGGAAGAAAAAAUAAAUCAAUUAUGGUUCUUGGAGCUCAAACCGAGUAAACUAGCUGGCUGGUGAAGUACUGUAGCUUUUGAUUGAAAACUUCGCUUGAUGCAUUUGGAUUGGCGAUUUCGUUUGGUGAAAUCAAGAAAGUUCAUCACUUUGAGGGUUGAGAUAUGGGAAAAAAAUAUUACAUCUUUAGGAAGAUGUGAUUUUCAUUUUGCGCUGUUGAGCUGAAUAGGGAUAGGUCUUCCUCUGGAUAUCAGUUUCAGUCUGUUUUAACUGAGUAAAGCUUGGUUUCAUCUGUGGAUCUUAACUGUCAAGUAAUAAUACUCACAGCUCACUUACCAAUUUAUCAACACAUCAUCUUUGUAGUUCUCCACCAUGCCUUUGUCAGAGUUUUUGAAAAUGGCCGCCCGGAAAAUGGAGUCCAGCCAACAGAGAUCAUGUUCGACUGCUCCCUCUUCCCGGCCGGAAAACGAUUUUGACGAGCUUAUUUGGCGAAACGGUGAGGUCAGCAUUCAAGGUCAGUCGAGCCAGUCCAAGACACCAGUUAACCAUGGUUUACCUUGUGAGUCGAGACUUGGUACAAUGAGUAUGUUGGACGAGAUGUCUUUGGAUGAGAUGGAUCCUUGGUUAGAUGUCCUUACUCAGGAUCAUGCUUCUGUGCUUGUACCCGAGACAUCUUGUGUGAAGGCUAAUCCAGUCUCCACACAAAAUAAUAGUAGCUUAUUGUCUUGUGUGAGUAAUUUGCAGAGUACGUGGCCUCCACCUCAUCAUCCCCAGAGGCUGAAUGCUCUUGGAUCGGGAGUUUCGGGUAUUAAUAGCAAUAACAACAAAAAUAUCGAUAAUAAUAGUAAUAUUAUGUGUAAACAUCUGGAUAUAGGAAAUGGUUCGACCAGCGAGAGGCAGAACAUAGGGCAGCGUACCACUUAUAAUGGCUCGAAUUAUCUCAACUUCGCCCAUUUUGCUGGAGCAGCUAACCUUGUGAAAGCCAAGGCCCUGAGUUCUCAUGAAAAGGAGGUGUUGAAGGAGAAAGCUCCAGAUGCUAGUGAUUGUAAUCUAGAGAAAUCAGGAAUUAUUGAGAGAUUUAAUGGUGUUUCAUCAGCCAAGCCAGCUGAGGCAAGUUGUGGGCAAUCGAACUCGGCUAAGAAUGAGAAGUCUGUAUUCGUAAGCAGUACUACUGACACGAGCAAAUGGGGUUCGCAAAAGGAGAAAGUUGUCGAGACUGUGGUUGCUUCUUCCUCUGUGGGCUCGGGGAACAGUGCAGAUAGAGUUUCUUGCCAACAGACAAAACAUUUGAAGAGAAAGUUUCGUGAUGCAGAUGAUUCUGAAUGCAGGAGUGAUUCGCAGGAUGUUGAAGAGGAAUCAGUAGGUGUCAGAAAACCAGCUCCAGCUCGAGGUGGAGGAUCAAAGAGAAGUCGGGCAGCAGAAGUGCAUAAUCUUUCUGAAAGGAGACGAAGAGACAGGAUCAAUGAGAAAAUGCGUGCUCUACAGGAACUUAUACCAAAUUGCAAUAAGGCAGAUAAAGCUUCAAUGCUCGAUGAAGCCAUUGAAUAUCUAAAGACCCUUCAGCUUCAAGUACAGCCUAUAAUAUUCGUGAUUAUACAGGUUAUGUCGAUGGGUGCCGGAUUAUGCAUGCCCCCUAUGAUGUUCUCCACAGGAUUCCCACAGAUGCCACAUCAUCCAGCUCACAUUCCACAUUUUUCGUCAAUGGGCAUGAUGGAUAUGAAUAGCAGCAUGCCCAGAUGUCCAGUUUUUCCAGUGCAGGGAUUGAAUUUUCCUGCCAGAAUGCCUUUAUAUGGGCAUUAUCCUGGUCAAGGGCUUCCAAAUUUUGUAACUGGGCAGUCUUCAUUGAAUUUUCCCAUGGGAUUAAGUAAUGGAGGUCAUAAUGGUGAUAUUACGAGUAUGAAUCUACGGUCAAAUUGUAGUAGUGUGGUACCCGGUGGCUCAAUUCACUCCGAAUCUCAAAAGCCCCAAGCAACAAAUGAAGUUCAGAAUCAACCUGCUAUGGCGCAAGAAAAUAAACAGACGACUGAUGCUAGUGCCCCUGCAAAUAUUACAUCUGCUACAGAAACUGACAUUAGCAAAGAAGCAGGUUUCCAAUUAGCUGAUGGAUGAAUUAAACAACUUAUUGUUGAUGGCAUUGAGAGAUCAACUCGUUUUCAUACCGACUUUUUCGAGAACCUGUUGCAAUGUUUGACCUAGUCAUGAAACUCCGGUUUGAUGUGUUAUUCUCAAAUGAGGCGAAAGUCUAACGAUAACCAUGAAAUUCCAUGAUAUGAUAACUGUUAUCGACCAAGUACCAAUUAGGCACGUUGUAUAUUCUUCAGCAUGACAUUCUCAAUGAGCAUUAAUAUAGUAAGUAGGUCACGGCGAAUGUGUUCAAAUACAUGAACUGUUGUCAGAGCCAUAAUAAAUAAGAUUCAUGGUAUCGAUGUUACUUUCUUGACAAUAAAAGAUUCCUGUACUCGUUUUGUGCCGUGUACUUGUGACUAUUUCACUGGCACUUAAUGAACUGACAAUUAUGUUGCUCAGUUUGUGUUAUUUGUUGUAGGUGUGACUCGGUAGUCUCUUUAUUGUUAAUCUUUUUAGGGAGGUAUUAUUCUACUUUGUUUUUUGUUUAUUAGUUGUGAGUUGUUUUUAUCUUUCUUUGUUUUUUGUUUACUCCGUUAAGUCCAGUCCUGUAUCCGUUAUGGAGUUCGAGUCUCCUUUAUAGAGUUGGGUUUUGUAUGUACGGUUGUCUCUGCGAUGGAGUUUGUACCCCUUGGAUUUGUGUGUUUCAAGAGGGUGGGACAAGACUUUCUGGUUCUUAUUGUGUCAGGUGACACAAAUUUGUACUCCUUUUUGUUUUUCAUUUAUAAUAUAAUUGUCGUUU